ACGUAUUGUGCGUACUGCCAUGUACGCUAUAAGAACCCCAAAAGGCCCAGCUCUGUCUCGCAGCAGAGACAAGCACUAUCAACGGCAACAUUCACCAUGAAGUUCUUCAUCCCUCUGGCUUGCCUGCUGGCAGUACUGAUGCCAGCUUAUGCCAUAUACGGUGGGGAAGAGUCCGUGCCAAACAGCCGACCCUAUCAGGCGGCUCUGAUCAGCCCGUGGGGCCGCGGGUCCGUGGCUUGCGGUGGUGCCCUUGUCCACAAACGAUGGGUCGUUUCAGCCGCUAAAUGCGCGUUAGGUAACGUUAUCAUCAUAGGUUUGGGAUACCACCAUACGUCAUACCAUGGUUUGCCCGGUCAGCAGUACAUCUGGAGUGAUUGGUAUCCCCAUCCAAAAUACAACAGCUACACCAACGAUAACGACAUUGCCUUGAUCAGACUCGGUGAGGAUGCCGACCUCAGCAGCCCCAAAAUUGCAACCAUUAGCAUCAGUAACUCACGGCCUUCUCCGGGGACGAAUCUGCUCGUGAGCGGUUGGGGAGCACUCGAUUAUAAUGUAGGAGCGCCAGGUACUCUGAGGGAAGCAGAUGUUAAAGUACAGUUUAUGGAUGACUGCAGAAAGGCCCAUGGAUCCUCACCUCUCACAGACAACAUGUUUUGCGCCUACAAUCCUGACAAAAAUAUCUGCUAUUCUGACACCGGUGACCCUAUUGUCAGCGGCUACGGUGAUGGCACCCACAACCCCGGCACCACCCUGGAGGGCGUUGCCAGCUGGGGUUGGAGCUGCAGUAUUCAAAACCACCCCGGUGUCUACACCAUCAUCGCCAACUACUGUGACUGGCUGUCUCAGACUUCCGGAGGUGACGUCCAGUGUUAGAAAGGAAUCCGCCGGUGGCCUAGGGAUGGACACGGCACUGAAUGGAAGAGGUAUUGGAUACACGACCUCUCAGCAUUCGACAACCAAUUUUAUCUAACUGAACUGAGAUUAAGCAAAAUAUCAAAAUGAAUUAUCGUACUCGCCGAGGCAUUUUGUAAUCUAGCGAAUGAAACAUGCAUUAAACAAGCAAACCUUACACAAUUAAAAGCCAGCUGUUUUCCUCUUUGUCUACUUCGAGUUUGGGAAAGGGGCGUCUCAAAUUUAUAUAAACAAUUAAAAGCUGAAUUACAGGACUUCUCUGAUUUUUCUUCCGAUUAUUAUACGCAAAAACUUCAGCUGAGGUCUCUCUCCUGCCUUCAAAGUAUCUUACUUGAGCUGUUGCUAGCAUGACUUCACAUAAUUGAAUCUUACGGACCAGAACCCAGCCUUUAAUUGAAUUUUAAGUUAAAGAUUUGAUUUGAAUAAAUUUAACGA